AUCCCGGCCCUGCAUGUUGAAUACUUCAAUGAUCAAAUUCCGUAAAGCCAUACAAAUUGCUAGAGAGAGCCUUACUGAGGAAAAUGUGCCGUUCGUAUCUGGUUCGUGGACAUACCGACGUCGAUGGAGUCGUCCGAGUUCAAGAUCGGUCUGCAUGGCUUGAUCGUGACGCGCCAGGAGAGUGGAUUAGUUUGCUCUUUCAAAGUCCUCAGGUGCAAAGAAUUUAUUGUAACAGCCAAGAGACCAAAAAAUGGCCAAAGCGCUUUUGAAAGUGACCUGUCAACAGCACGUUAUAAGUAUGCCAACCGUCCUUUACUUAGCGCCUCGCUUUUGGACGCUUUCAAACGUGGAGCUUCUAGCUACUCUUCGUUUUCUUCCCAUGUUUUGACGAUAGAGGUCCUUGAUUGGGUCCGGACGUCCGAUGGUGACUGUCAACCCAUCUGGCGAAAGGUUGCCGUGUCCGAACUAGCUAACUUGCCUGUACCUUUACUACGGAUCAUUUAUUCACCAUUGGACCUCCCAAACAGUGUUUCUGCAGGAGGCUUUCUCAGGCUCUUUGAUCACUACAAUGUACCGUCUGCAUUCCUUGCAGGAAGACUGCGGUCGGUAACACACUCAUUUGGAGCUUUGAACAACAUAAAUAACUAUAAUUGUACGUAAGCGGUUGAGAUGUUUUUGAGAUGGAUAUUAAGAUUAACGGGCGUGGAUAUCCGAUCCCAGACCAGGAGCACCGCAACUACAGCACGGAGACUCGACAUGGAUACGCUCUGGAUAUUUUCUGCGAUGGGCAGUAGACUCAAACCACGAUCCAGAAGUAACGCUUAUCUGUUUUGAGGCACCGGUCUCCCUCAAAGAACGUCUUCAACAGAUUCCGCCCUCAUCAAUAUCAAGCAGCGUCACCCCUGACCCGUACAGUCUCUUUGCAAUCAUCUUGGAA